CUUUCUGCAUUCCUGGCGGCAGGAUGUCUGAGGCCGAGGUCAAAGGCGCCAGUAGGGGCUCACAGCCCACGCUGGGGAUGGACCCCUUCGAGGACACGCUGCGGCGGCUGCGGGAGGCCUUCGGCGCGGGGCGCACGCGGCCGGCCGAGUUCCGGACUGAGCAGCUGCAGGCCCUGAGCCGCUUCCUGCAGGACAACAGGAAGCUCCUGCAGGACGCGCUGGCCCAGGACCUGCACAAGUCAGCCUUUGAAUCGGACAUAUCGGAGCUCAUCAUGUGCCAGAACGAGGUGGACUUGGCGCUCAGGAACCUGCACACCUGGAUGAAGGACGAGCCCGCAACCAACAACCUGCUCACCAAGCUGGGCAGCGCCUUCAUCCGGAAGGAGCCCUAUGGCCUGGUGCUCAUCAUCGCCCCCUGGAACUACCCCCUGAACCUGACAUUGAUGCCACUGGUGGGGGCCAUCGCGGCAGGGAACUGCGUGGUGCUGAAGCCCUCAGAGAUGAGCAAGGGCGCUGAGAAGGUGCUGGCCGAGGUGCUGCCCCGGUACCUGGACCAGAGCUGCUUUGCCGUGGUGCUGGGUGGGCCUGAGGAGACUGGCCGGCUUCUGGAACAUAAAUUCGACUACAUCCUGUUCACAGGGAGCCCUCGUGUGGGCAAGAUCGUCAUGACGGCUGCUGCCAAGCACCUGACCCCCGUCACCCUGGAGUUGGGGGGCAAGAACCCCUGCUACGUGGACGACAACUGUGACCCCCAGACCGUGGCCAACCGUGUGACUUGGUUCCGCUACUUCAACACUGGCCAGACCUGUGUGGCCCCGGACUACGUCCUGUGCACCCCCGAGACGCGUGAGCGCCUGCUGCCCGCCCUGCAGAGCGCCAUCACCCGUUUCUAUGGUGAAGACCCCCGCAGCUCCCCCGACCUGGGCCGCAUCAUCAACCAGAAGCACUUCCAGCGGCUCCAGGCCCUGCUGCGCUGUGGCCGCGUGGCAAUUGGUGGGCAGAGCGACGAGAGCCAGCGCUACAUCGCGCCCACGGUGCUGGUGGACGUGCAGGAGGCGGAGCCGGUGAUGCAGGAGGAAAUCUUUGGGCCCAUCCUGCCCAUCCUGACCGUGGGCGGCCUGGACGAGGCCAUCGCCUUCAUCAACCGCCGCGAGAAGCCGCUGGCCCUGUACGCCUUCUCCAACAACAACCAGGUUGUGAAACAGUUGCUGGAGAGAACCAGCAGCGGCAGCUUUGGGGGCAACGAGGGCUUCAUCUACCUGACCCUGUCGUCCCUGCCACUGGGGGGAGUCGGUCACAGCGGGAUGGGCAAAUACCAUGGCAAGUUCUCCUUUGAAACCUUCUCUCACCACCGUGCCUGCAUGCUUGCCCCCCCGGGCCUGGAGAAGCUGAACGAGCCCCGUUACCCGCCGUACAGCGAGCGCACCCAGCAGCUUAUAAGCUGGGCCUUGAGCUUUCCAACCUGCACCCUUCUGUGAGCACACCC